AUGUAUCGCUCAUUUUCAAAAGCAAACCUUUUUAAAUUUGCUAUUGUACCAGAAAAAAAUUUUGGUCCAAUUGCUCCAAUAGCUAUAAAGAUUCGGCAUUAUACACAAGGCUCGCGUAUCGUUGUGAAGAAUCCAGUAGUAGAUAUAGAUGGAGACGAAAUGACUCGAAUAAUUUGGGGCAAGAUCAAGGAUAAUUUGAUUUUCCCAUAUGUCCAAGUUGAAACCAAAUAUUAUGAUUUAGGAAUUGAAAACCGCGACGCUACUAAUGAUCAAGUGACCGUAGAGGCUGCUGAGGCUAUCAAGAAAUAUAAUGUAGGUAUAAAGUGCGCAACAAUCACACCAGAUGAACAAAGAGUUAAAGAAUUCAACCUUAAAAAAAUGUGGAAAUCUCCAAAUGGGACAAUUCGUAAUAUAUUGAAUGGUGUCGUAUUUCGUGAACCAAUUCUAAUGGAGAAAGUUCCGCGCGUAGUUCCCAAUUGGACUAAACCCAUAGUUAUUGGAAGACAUGCAUUUGGAGACCAGUAUAAAGCCACAGAAAUUAGAGUCGACCGCCCUGGUAAACUUAAAUUACUUUUUGAACCUGACGAUGGUUCCAACCAACAGAGUGAAUUAGUAUAUGAGUUCACGUCUCCUGGAGUUUCUAUGGCUAUGUAUAACACAGAUGAGUCUAUCACAGGUUUUGCUCAUGCCAGUUUUCAAAUGGCUUUAAAGCUAGAAAUGCCUUUGUAUUUAAGUACCAAAAAUACUAUUUUGAAAAAGUAUGAUGGAAGAUUCAAAGAUAUUUUUCAUGAAAUAUAUGAAAAAGAUUAUAAAGAUAAAUAUGAAGCAAAGAAAAUAUGGUAUGAGCAUAGACUCAUAGAUGAUAUGGUCGCUCAAGCUCUUAAAUCAAGUGGUGGAUUUGUAUGGGCAACCAAAAAUUAUGAUGGGGAUGUACAGUCCGAUAUUUUAGCUCAAGGAUUUGGGUCGCUAGGUUUAAUGACCAGCGUGCUAGUUACACCUGAUGGCAAAACUAUGGAAGCCGAGGCUGCUCAUGGUACGGUAACAAGGCAUUUUCGCCAAUAUCAACAAGGCAACGAAACUUCUACAAAUCCAAUUGCGUCGAUAUUUGCCUGGACACGUGGUCUAGCACAGAGGGCAAGAUUGGAUGAUAAUCAAGGAUUAUUAAAAUUUACACAAGAUCUGGAGAAGGCGUGCACUGAAACGGUAGAUGUUGAGGGUAAAAUGACAAAAGAUCUCGCAUUAGCGCUCCAUGGCAGCAAUCUCAAGCGUGAACACUACGUCACAACUGAUGAGUUUCUGGAUCAUAUUUCAAACAAUUUGAAGCACAUCAUUUCUUUGAAAGAAAUGCUUGGUUUUUCGUCUUCUGUUUUAAAACCAUUACACCUUACAUCACGUGUAAGGAACGCCUCAUCUAACAUGAGUCGUGGUUUUUCCUCACGCACAAUACCUUCAUUCCUUAAUUCUCCGAGUGUCUUGAGUGUCUUAAAACAAACGAAUAAAACAACUUUAUCACAACGGAAUAAGUUUUUUAUUUCAACUUCAACACUUAAACAUGGUAUUGGCAAUUCUAGCACGAGGCCUACUGCAGAAAAGUGUAAAAGCGUUAAAUCGUUGGUAGAAAACGGUAGAGUUUAUCAAAGAACAUCAAAUGUCGAUAUUCCAAAAGUUCGUCCCAAUAUGGCGUUAGUCCGAUAUUUACCUACAGCCACUGCUCGAGUUAAUGUUACAUCACCCGCCUUGACCACUGAGGUGCAAUCUUUACCAGAAGAAGAAACACAAAGAAUAAAUGAAAUUAAAAAUGCAAAACUCAUAUUUAAUCAGGCUUGGAAAAAUAUUGAAGACGAAUUUGGUCGAGAAAAUCUUUGUCUUCCGAGAGAGAUUAUCUGGUUAAUGGGUGCACCUGGUAGCGGUAAAGGGACGCACACAGAUCUGAUUUUAAAAGCGCGUGGCAUUACCAAUCCUUCCAUCUGCAUGUCGGCACUUUUAACUACACCAGAUUGUCAAGAUCUAAUAAAUAAGGGCAAAAUGAUUAGUGAUGGAAAGGUUCUUGAGAAUUUGUUACGUGCACUUCUUAACUGUGAUCCGAUAGUGGGUAGCCUUGUGGAUGGAUUCCCUCGUACAGAUAUUCAGGUGGAAUGUCUGAAACUUCUUUAUGACAAGAUGCAUGAAUUGCGUCGAGAAUUCUGGGGAACACCAUUGAAAGAUAAAUUCCCUCGUCCAACGUUUCGUAUCUGUGUGUUAUAUGUUGACGAAGAAGUUUCUGUCGUUCGCCAAUUGCAACGAGGGCGACAAAUCAGAGAGCAUAAUGAAACAGUUCGACGAACGGGACAGGGGGAAUUAGUGGAAGAACGAGUUACGGAUUAUGAUGAAAUGUUGAUUAGAGCACGUUAUCAAAUAUUCCGAGAACAUUUUGGAGCUUUGAUGAAGCUUGGAAAACUUUUCCCUUUCCACUUAAUCAAUGCUGUUGGAUCGAUUGAAGAGGUUAUGAAAUUGAUUCUAAAAGAAUUUGAGUAUCAAAGUUCUCUCGAACUUGAUCACACGACAUACGAUUCAAUCGCACAUAUCCCACUCUCAACAAAAAUCGGUAUUCAUGCUCGACAAGAUUUAAUUAGUCGACUUGAGCAUUAUCAAGAUACUGAGCCAGAACUUUUUAUAAAAGCAAUCGAGUUUGUGGACAGUAAUGUUAUCCCAGUGGUUCAACGUCAUGCUAUCAGCGGACAGGCUCUUAUUCGAACGACUUCCCAGCAACUUGAAAACCAACAUCUUGUUGACAUGAUCAUGGACGUUCUUUCAGAGCGAGGAUACCACGUAAUGUUUGAUGACCGAGUUCGAGAGACACCUGUUAAGAUUAAUCCUGAUACAUGGGAAAUUAUUCUUGAAAAUAUCUUAAGAUCUGAAUCAUCCAACCUUUCCACGUCCCUCUAUGAUAAUUUUAUCGAUUUAACAACUGAUUCAAUUGAAAGUGCAAAUUCGACAAUUACCUCCUCAGAAAUUACAGAUUUAGCAAUUUCAACUAAUAUUACAAGCUCAUCGAUUAUUACAAAUGAAAAUCUUUCUGAUAAUGAGAUUCCAGAAAUUGAAAUUAUUCAAUAUAAUACUGGUGAAGGUGGUGGAAAAAAACUUGUCGAAUGUGAAUUUUUAGGAUGCAAAGUAUACAAAUCAGUUAGAAUUUGUACUGGAGCAAAGAUAUGCGAAUUUGCAUCAGAUGAAUUAAGAAAUGCAACACAUACUGAA